AUGGACAAAGGCAAAGCAGUGAUGGGUGUGGGUCGUAGAUGGGCCGUGGAUUUCUCCGACAAUUCAACCGCUCCUUCCUCCCGCGACAUUCUCGAUCCCCCAGGCUUCACUCGUGCUUCUCAGGAUCAGGAUGAUUCAACAUUGAGUCGCCAAAAGAAAGACGCUGAAGCCAAUUGGAAAGCUCAGCUUAACGCAUUGGGUCUUCUUCCCACCCAUGCAUCAGACUGGGUUUCAUCCUUGCCCCCUGCUCAGGAGGUCGAGUAUUCAGGUGGGGGUUUCCCUCUGCUCUGAGGUGCUUCCUCCAUGCGAUGUCCAGACAAAAUUGGAUUCCUUGGAAUUGCUGAGUUAGAAGUGGACUUACCGAGUCAAGGUGGGACUUUGCAGCUAUUAUUGGGGCUGAUGACCAAUCUUAUUUAUGAUUUAUCCCCAGGCAACACAUAUCCUUAUUGUUAUGAUUUCAUUGGACUGCGUCGUGUGGCAAAAAGAACUAGUUUUUGGACACUUUUAUUGAAUGUAAUUUCAUAGAGAACACUUUUCAAUUAUUUAUUGCUUCAGUAGUCUAUCAGAUGCAGUUGGAGAUAAUAAUGUGAAUUUGAGCAAUUCAUAUACCCGGAUUGUUGAGAGCUGCUUGUAAUUCCUAUAUUUUUCGUAGUGUGUGUGUGUG